ACGUCAUCAACGCGCGACCAGAUUAUACCCAGAGGAAGAAGGAGACAUGGCAGCAAGGUUACUGCUUCGCUCAGCUUUCAGAGCCGCCACGACCCUCCGGGCGGCCCCGGUGCCCGCUGUGACCCGCGGCAUGGCGGCUGGAGGGAUCCCCACUGAUGAGGAACAAGCCACCGGCCUGGAGAAAGUCAUCAUGAAGGCCAUGAAGGAGGGAUCGGAUCCCUACAGCAUGAUGAAACCAAAGGAGUACGCCGGCUCCAAGGCUGACCCUCACCUCGUCCCCUCCAUCACCAACAAGAGGAUUGUGGGAUGUGUCUGUGAAGAGGACAACACGGCUGUGGUUUGGUUCUGGCUCCAUGAGGGCGAGGCCCAGCGCUGCCCGUCCUGUGGUUCCCACUACAAACUGGUGGCCCACGAGCUCCCCCACUAACUCCUGCGUCCCUCUCUGUUAUUAGACAUAGUGUGUGUCCUCACAGCAUCAGACCCUCCUCACUCUGCAGGAAGCUCGGCUCUGUCUACUUCCUGGAGUGCUGAGUGGUGGUCUGACUUGUUCUGCCUCAGUACUUGACCAACCUGAUGACCUCAGUCUUUGUUUAACAUGUUCCACAGGGAUCAGAUGUGGUUCGGGACUCAAACGUUACUCUUAGACAGUUUACAUUGACACAUGUACUGUACCAUGUUCCACUGGGCUCCACUCAACUCCUCUUAUUCCAACAAUAAAGUACCUACACUUAA